AGGAAGAUCACUUGGAUCCACAGCAAAUCCCCAGAUCUUCUCCCACCACAUGUUCACUGAAGCUGAGGGUCGAAUACGUCUUCCGUGAUGUGCCACAUAGAUGCUGCCCAGAGUGCAGGAUUUCUCAACCUUUGGCACCUUUCAGAUAUGUGGACUUCAGCUCCCAGAAUUCCCCAGCCAGGCGCCCCCCAGCCAUGGAGGACAAGCGCAACAUCCAGAUCAUCGAGUGGGAGCACCUGGACAAGAAGAAGUUCUACGUCUUCGGGGUGUGCAUGACCAUGAUGAUCCGCAUCAGCGUCUACCCGUUCACCCUGAUACGGACGCGGCUGCAGGUCCAGAGGGGGAAGAGCCUCUACAACGGCACUUUCGACGCCUUCGUCAAGAUCCUGAGGGCCGAAGGGGCGGCCGGGCUCUACCGGGGCUUCCUGGUCAACACCUUCACCCUCAUCUCCGGCCAGUGCUACGUGACCACCUACGAGCUCACCCGCAAGUACGUCUCGCAGUACAGCAGCAGCAACACCAUCAAGUCGCUGGUGGCCGGCGGCUCGGCCUCCCUGGUGGCCCAGAGCAUCACGGUGCCCAUCGACGUGGUCUCCCAGCACCUGAUGAUGCAGCGCCUGGGCAACAGCAUGGGCCGCUUCCGCGUGCAGCCCCACCAGGGCAAGCGGUUGCCCGUCUUCGGCCAGACCCGGGACAUCAUCGCCCAGAUCUUCAAGGCCGACGGGCUGAGGGGCUUCUACAGGGGCUACGUGGCCUCCCUCCUGACCUACAUUCCCAACAGCGCUGUCUGGUGGCCCUUCUACCACUUCUACGCAGGUAAGUAGGAGGGUUUCCGGCAGGC